GAACCUACUUCAAUCUGUGUGAAACAAAAGUGAAGCAUUAAGCAUCUGAGAGCUCAGACCUCACACCAGACCACACGGAGGGUGAAAGGAAUCAAGGAUGACAGAUAUAGAGAGCCAAAAACCUGCACCUGAGACCGACCCUAGCCAUGCAGCGACAGCAGCAAUGUAUGCCCCACCUCCAUACAUGCCUCCUCCUUAUCCUACGGGGCCUGUCAUGAACCCUCAACCUGUUCCUGCGCCAGUCGGCUUCAUCCCACCAGACCUGCCACCAGAAGAGACCGGCAUCAACAAAACAGAAGAACCGUAUCUAGACCCAGCAGCUGAGGAGUUGUUUGUGUCAUCAUUUGAGGACGAUACCAUUCGGAAAGCAUUCAUCCGAAAGGUGUUCAGUGUGGUAACAAUUCAGCUACUAGUCACUUUCACCGUCGUCUGUGUAUUCACUUUCUCAAACACAGUCAAGACGGCGAUUCAGAGUAACAUCUGGGUGUACCUCAGUUCUUACAUUAUCUUUGUAGUAGUGGGCUCAUGUCUUGCUGUGUUUUCCAAAUUCAGCCGCACACAUCCCUGGAACCUGCUGGGACUGUCAGUGGUCACGCUGAGUCUGUCCUACAUGGUGGGAACUGUAGCCUCAUAUCACAACACAACUGCUGUGAUCAUCGCUUUAGGAUCAACUGUGGUCAUCUCUUUCACCAUCAUCAUUUUCUCUUCCCAGACUCGCCUGGACUUCACAAUUUGUAAUGGGAUUCUGCUCAUACUGUCCAUCGACCUACUCAUGUUUGGAUUCUUCAGCAUCUUUUUCUACUCCAGUGUUCUGCAAAUCGUCUAUGGAUGUCUGGGAGCUCUUCUUUAUGCCUUGUUUCUUGCAGUGGACUGUCAGCUGGUGAUGGGCAGACAAAAAUACAGCCUUAAUCCUGAAGAGUAUGUCUACGCUGCCUUAAUUAUCUAUCUGGAUAUCAUUAUGAUAUUCCUCUACAUACUUAUGAUUUUGGGUGGAGGCUCCAAAAAUUAAAUUCACACAUUCUCCCAAUCUGCACAUGCCAGCUAAUGUUUGACCUUCUGACCUCAAAUAGUCUUUACAUCACUGCUAUAUGCUCUCUCUACUGGUUCACUCAUCAUGGUACUUGUAUCUUGUUUGUAUUUGUUUAACAUUAACUUUUGAGAUGCACUGUUAUAUUUGUAAAUUGCAAUCUUACAAAUUGUUGAUCACAAAUACCAUUAAACAUUAUGCCUAAUGUAAAUGCCUUAAAUGUUAUAAAUAUCCCUCUGAUGUGAAUCGUGAAUUACUAACGCGUGUCCCUGUAAUGUGACUGCUUAAAUUCUGUUUAUUUCAACAAAAUCAUAUUUUAAUUGCCUAUGCAAGAAAAAAAUAAAUGUAAACCGCAUGUUAUUUAUAAAUAGAGCGAUUAUUUUGAUUGAUAAAAUAAUGUAAUAUUCAAUUUACACUGUCAGACAGGCACAUCUCUAAACAAUCUCAUGGAUUUAUUAGUUAUGUGUAUGUUUUAGUUAGGUAAUUAACUGUAUCUUUGUUAUUUGCUUUAAAUAAAUAAUUGACACUCUUUGCCUUACCACAGAGUGAAAACAGAA